GAUAUCUACAUGCACGUUUUGAAUACUCCGGAAAGAGAAUUCAGGAUAAAGAUAUCUGGGCUUGAAAUCUUCAAUGAAAAUGUUCGGGAUUUGUUGGAAUUCAGAAUCUGGCGGGAAUCUGAAGCUUUUAGAUGAUCCAGAGAAAGGAACCAUGGUCAAGAAACUUGUUGAAGAAUCAGUUAGUGAUGAUCAACAUCUAAGAAAACUAAUUAGCAUAUGUGAAGCACAAAGGCAACUUGGCAAGACUGCCUUAAAUGACACUAGUUCAAGAUCGCACCAGAUUAUCAGGCUGACCAUAGAAAGUACUCUUCGUGAAAGUGCAGAAUGUGUCCGAUCCUAUGUUGCAAGCUUGAACUUUGUUGACUUGGCUGGAAGUGAAAGAGCAUCUCAGACAAAUGCAGAUGGUGCUAGGCUCAGAGAAGGCUGCCAUAUCAACCUUAGCUUGAUGACUCUUACCACUGUGAUCAGGAAGCUCAGUGUGGGCAAAAGAAGUGGCCACAUUCCCUACAGAGAUUCAAAGCUGGGACACAUUUUGCAGCAUUCACUUGGAGGAAAUGCUAGAACAGCCAUCAUAUGCACUCUGAGUCCGGCAUCUAGUCACGUCGAGCAAACAACCAACACUCUUCUUUUUGCUACACGUGCAAAGGAAGUGACAAAUAGUGCUCAAGAGAACAUGAUGGAGAUGGAGAUUGAAGAAUUGAGGCGCCAAAGGGAUCUUGCACAGACAGAAGUAGAUGAUCUCCGCCGGAAAUUACAGGAGGACCAGAGGUUGAAGAUUUCGGAGUUAUCAAGCCCUGUAGCAAAGAAAUGCCUCUCAUUUUCUGCAGUACUAUCACCAAUGGAGGGAAAAGAGCUAGGCCGUGGGAAUAGAAAUAGGAAUACUAUGGGUAGAAAGACAAUGAGGCAAUCAUCAACUGCCCCUUUCACCCUAAUGCAUGAAAUUAGGAAGCUUGAACACCUGCAGGAGCAGCUUGGAGAUGAAGCCAAUCGAGCAUUGGAAAUAUUACAGAAAGAGGUAGCUUGCCACAGGUUGGGCAACCAAGAUGCAGCGGAGACAAUUGCUAAGCUGCUAGCUGAGAUAAGGGAGAUUCUUCCGGUCAGACCAGCUCCGCAGAAAGUUGAAGUCAGCAGUGGUCUUGCUGUGAAUAAGAGUGUCAGUGCAAACCUGAAGGAUGAGAUAACCAGACUUCACUCACUAGGAAGUACAAUUGCAGAUCUUGAAGAACAGCUUGAAAAUGUUCAGAAGUCUAUUGACAAACUAGUAAUGUCGCUUCCAACCAAAAAUGAUCAUCAAGAAGCAGAUACAGAGUCGCCAUUGAAGACCAAGACUCAAGCAAAAAAGAAAAAGUUGCUUCCACUUGCUUCAAGCAAUGCUGCGAACAGGCAGAACUUCUUAAGUUCCCCUUGCUCUCCCCUGUCAGCAACUAAAGAUGUAGUGGACAAUGAUAUUGAAAACCGAGCUCCUCAAUAUGAUGAUGUUGUGUCCACUGAAACUAAGUUGACGGAGAAAGAAACACCAACAAAGAGUGAAGAUGGUGGAGAUGUCUCAUCAAAGUAA